CACAUGUUCACGUCUUGCCGUGAUAUCGGGUUGAACCAAUGACUAUCUUAAUGUAUCGCUUUUUACAGAUCACCAAUAUGGAGAUAUCCUUCAAACACAUAAUUCAUUGCUACAAGUCUCAACCACUUACAAGCAGAAGUGUCUGCAAAAGUGUGCUGAUUUCCGGACAAGACACGGAAACACUUCUCAACGGAAACAACAAUAAUGGAGACCCUGCUCACGGUUUCCCGACCCCUGACUCCCCAUCGUCACAUUACCCCCCCGCUCAGGAGGAGAGGGUCAAUCUGAUCCGCUUUUACGAAAAAAUCUACACCGGGAAGAUGUACGACUGUGCCGACCAGUUUGACCCAGCCUCUGGAAGAGACACCCCCCCUCUGUCUCCUUACCCCAUGCAGGGGAGAGUAGGGAGAGCAUCUCGUCAAAGCCAGCAGGUCUCCAGCAGCCUCCUCAUCUUCAACUCAGAGACCCCUGGAGACCGAGAAGAAGGGGAGGAUGAAGAUGGUCCUCCAGCUCAGAGGCUUCGUGUUGCCGAGUCAUUCAUGCAGAGGCGACUCAGGAGUAUGGUGAAUGAUCGCGAGGCUCAAAGAGACCGGGACCAACCAUCAGUUUCACAGCUUGACCUGCACUAAGUCUCACUCUGAGCUGGUAUAACUGUGGCAGCUAGAGCAACUUCACAGAUAUAAACAAAAAAAUUCCUUUAGGCAAAAAUCUGUCAAUUUAAAGUCUUGUCCGUGCUAAAAUUAAGUCAAAGUCAACUUUAUUGUCAAUCUUAAAAUAUGUUUGUACACACAGAAAGAUCGAAAUACUGUUUCCCACAGUCCCGAGGUAUAAAAAAACUCACACAUUAAAAUUCAAGAAAACUCAAUCAUUUACAAAAAAAACACAAAAAACAAAAUAACCGUUUACUUCAAGUAUGAAAAAGAUGUGCAAAAUUAUCCAUAGCAGUGUAAAAGUGACUGGUGCUGGAUUUUUUUGUUUGUCGUGUCUGUGUGAUGAUGAAAAUUAUGUCCUUUUGCUCUUAUUGCACUAUUUCGUACACUUUCUGUCCUUUAAGAAUGCACGUAAUCCCUCCGUUUAAUGCCUAAAGUAAAAGACUGCUGUCGUCCUGCGCUGCCCCCUGGUGGAGGUUUUUGAAUUUGCUGAAGAGUAGUCUCCAAAGUGCUCAGGUUACUUUCCUUGGAGUCUGUAUGAGAACUGUAGUUAAAACUGUGGGACUAACUUUUCUUUCCCAUCAAAUGGGGACGGGCAUAAUGUAAAGCACUACUCGUGUCUAUGGUAGGGCUACAGGAUUUGAAAACAAAAUGUUGUGCCAACAGUGUUUUUAUAAAAGUGACAUUGUUGAAAGGGGGAGACAGAGGGUUUCAGGCUGUAUUCAAACUCAGGUCCUUCACAUAGGUGUGUGUCUGUCUAACCCUAACUCCAGAAUAAAGGCUACCCGCUCUACCAAGUGAGCUAUACGUUAGCGCAGACUCAUAACAUUGCAAUGUGACAUGCAAUAAUUAGAGGAAAUUAUCAUGGAAGCCUUAUCAUUAAGAAAUACAUUGAUCAUGGUGUCAUUUUUUAAAGAGGAUUCAUACCAAAGGGAUUUGUUAUCAUGUCAAUA